UAUUCAGUUUCAAUAUGUCUGGCUUACUAAGCAUUUGUGCGUUAGUCUUCAUCUCAAGAAUACUCCAGCCGGGUGAAUGCUCAGUCGCCGAGGCCUUAUUUCGCAAAAUUGAUGGCAAAUAUUUAGCGAAUUAUGUCAUCGAAAAAAAACACACAGAAACCGAGUUAGAAUGCAGUAUGCAUUGCGUUGCUCAUGGAUCAUGUGUGUCGGUUAACUACAAAACAUCUGGAAUCGGUAAAGGUCGAUGUGAGCUCAACAGCAAGACCCUCAAAGACACAUCUGACGAUGAUGAAAGUACGAGAAACCCCGACUUCAAACAUCUUUAUAUAAUCGAAAAGAAACCAAUUACAAUAUCCACCCAACAUUCGUCACAAAAUGUCUCCACAGUUCGCUGCACACGAACAAAACUGUGGAAUAUUCGUAUGAAUAUUCAACAACUUUUAUUGAGUCACAUAAACGUGACAGUUUUUGAGAUCUCAGGAAAUAUUUCCCUAUCCGGUGAAUAA